GCCAGUGUAACUCCAGCUGCCAGUUGAAGCUAAGCAGAACUCUGUUCCCAAGCAAACCCAGCGGCUGGCAGGACGCGCCGAGGACAAGGCUGUCUCUGCGGCAGCCCUCGGGGUGCGCUCCGCGGGCUCGCCGCGCCCCUCCCCGCCCCGCGGCUCCAGGAUGCUGGGAAGCAGCGCGCUGCGCGGCGGGCUGGGCGGCCCGGGCCCGCGGGGGGGGCCGCGGCGCAUGGACAGCACGGCGGCCGCGCUGGGCUCGGUUCUUAUCUUCCAUUUUCCUCUCAUCUCUGGAAGCUCCAUCCGAAUUGGAAUAGGCAGCAAUUAUUCCAGUCCCUAUGAGCAGAGCGUUCUGCCAUGUAAAAAAGAAGAACUGCAGUGUGGUGACGGACUCUGCCUCUUAAACUGGCUGCGCUGUCACUACAAGAAGGACUGUGGCAGAGACUACAUGUCCAUCAAACUAACAUGCUCCAAAAUUCACUUGAACCAAAGCAGCCCAACUGGUGAAUUCCCCAGCUACAGUGAAAAUGGAAAUGAUACCAGUUUACUUGUUUCUCCCCUUCUGGUGGCUGGAGUAGUGAUCGGACUUGUGCUAUUUCUGUCCUGUGUUACCAUCAUUGUUGGCAGUCUGCGAAAGGACGGACGGUUAAGACACCCACAACUGAGGAGAGACACUGUUUAUGCUCCAGAUGGCUUCUCUUAUGGGGGCUCUUUUGGAGAGCUGAGAUCCACCUGCAUGGAAGAGUUUCCCCCAGCUUUUGAUUUUGGCUCCUAUCUGGAUACGCUUUCUCAGGUCAACAUCAUGUAUCCUGAUUCACCUCCACACUACGAUGAAUGUGUGGGGCCAGGAGCAACACAAAUAUAUAUACCCACAGACGAUCCCCCCCCAUACUCCCUUACGGACCCUUGUCAAAGAAAUGAAGUAUCAAACGUUAGCCUGGAAGAGGAAGCGGCAUCUGGGACCACAGGGCAGGAUGCAAAUUAUGCAGUCAGGCUGCAGGACUUGCAGCAGCCCAUUUCAUCCAUCUCUCUGUCAUCUGUCUCUCUGGAGGCUGCUCCCCUAUACGAGACAGUGGUGUGUGAACAGAAUAUCCCUAUCCCAUGUGUUCCAAUGGAAGUACUGAAAAAUUCUUCCACCGAUUAUCAGACCUUUCUAAAUCAAAUCAUGUGAAUACAAGUUGCUCUUUCCUUCAAUUCUUCUGAAGAACUCAGGCCGAUAAACACAAUCAAAUGGAAGAAUAAAAUCUCUUAAAGUUUUACCUAUUUUAUAUAUUUAAACAGGGAUGCAAUGGGAUUUUAUUUUUUACAGUGAAUUUUGAAAGCCUACCUAAACGUCCCACUUUGUGCUUCAAAGUGUUCCAUGCCAUCACACAGCAUAAAAGAGCAACAGCGACAAGCAGCGCACCUGACCUUUUUGAAGCAUUUCAAAACACAUUGAAGUCAGCCACUCUUAAUGUAGAUACAUGUUAUCCAGAAGAGUCUAUUUGUUGAUUUUAUGCAUGUUUUAGAGCAGAAGGAAAAAGAACAGCAUUUUGUUGUCUUUGUAGGUGUCACUAGUACAUUUCAUUCAGUGUCUUGGCAACAAAGCAUUUUUACAUAAUUCUUUGUCUAAAUCUGUAUUUCAGGAGGCAGUACAGUGCCUGCAAAGCGUGGCUAUUGUACCAUACAGAAGCUAAAGAAAAAAGGAAACCACUAUUUUGAUAGUCACAUUUUUCCUUUGGAGAACCUGGCCGGUACCAGGCUUUCCAGACCACUGCAAAGACCGCUGUGAGUCUUCCUCAAAAGAAUCCAGCAGUGACUGAUAGAGAGGUGGCAACGGAUCCCCAAACAGCAAUUGGCUUUAGCUGCAGAAGCCGUACCACAGCUGGGUACAGGCCUGGGAGCUGCCUGCCCUUCACAAGACCGGACUUGGACAAGGGAAGGGCUGUGUCUGCAAUCCCAGAAGAUGCUCCAUGCCAAUGCCCAUGCAUGAGUGCAUUUUCAGGCACUAACUGCUCUCUUUGUUACGAAGGACCCUGACCUCUAGUAAUUACAUAAGUGUGAUGUAAAUAAUAGCUGCUGGAUUUGGCAUGCACUGUAACCAAGAACCUCACUUUGUGCAGAAACCUCUAUUAGACAGGAUCCUUUCCACUGAAAUGUUGCUACCCACAAAUGUAUCCUUUAUUCAUAAGCUUGGACUUCUCACACAUCCCUAAGACAAACAGGCUGGAGAUGCCCCCUGGCAGGAACAGCAGAGGUAAACUGCAGAUAUUGAGUUUGAGCUUAGAUGGUACACAAGUGCUCUACUGCCUCAUAAGGACUGAGCUACAUCUUCAGCCAGUACUAGUUAGCAGAGUUAUCAGGGAUUCAGAGGUAUUUUCACAGAAAAAAAUAUAUAUACAUACUGAUAAAACGGGCUUCAGUUUACUACUCCCACUGAAGGAUAUGUUGGAAGAGUAUAGUAAGCACGUAAUUGUGUUUAAAGGGAAGCAUCAUCCAAAUUAUUAAAACUGCACUUAGAUUUUCUUUAAAUACUAAAUAAUUUUCUACUGGAAUUAUCAUUCAACACUCCAAAGACUGACACAAUUAUAAUUAAUACUUAGAUGGGAAGUAAUUACAUCGUUCUCACUGCUGUAUAAAUUAUACCAUUACUGAGUCACAUACACAUGAUAAGGUAAGUAUGCAUUUUUUGCCAAGCAGAUGAAAGUAAAUACAUGUUUUGCUAAAAUAACAAAAUCCUUUCAUAGUUCAGUAAGGUCUUCAAUAUUCUCAGUAUACUAUUCCCAAAACAACAAAAAUUCACAGUUUUGCAUUGCAAAGCUGCUGGCUGACAUUGCCAGAACGUAGGCUGUAUUUCACCAUGAAAACCACCAUAGAAAUGUACCGGUCAGAUUUACUGGCAGAAAAACAAGAAGUGAAGGAAAGCCCAAAGAUUUAUGCAGAACAGAACAUGCUUUCUUAGCAGUGUCUUCCUGCAGCUCUUGGGGACCUGCCUAGAACAGGGACCAGACCUUGCUCAGUUCAGGCUGCUGGGAGGGCAGUGGAGGGAGAAAUCGAACAAACAAAUAUUAAAGGUGAAUGCAAUUAUUUUUUUUUCUUGAAAGUGAGUUCUCUUUUACCUGUAACAUGGCAAACCUGAGCGUUCUUCUGAAGACAAGCACAGAGGGCUUUUCACAUGUGGCAGGAAGCCUCUGUUCUGUUACAGAUGCUUACAGUUUCUGCACAUUGUGGAAAAACUUUUCAGUCUGCAUGGCUUGUAACCUGACAGGGAUUUCAUGACCUUCCACUAACUUUCUAUCUGUGGUUUACAAAAUUAACUGAUUUUAACUAGAUCUCUGAUGAAAAUGGGAUAUUUCUGUUUAAUUCAAGAUAGAAAUGCAUUAACAAGAUUACAGAAAACUAAUCAGUCUUUCUUUGAUCACAGUUAUGCAUUCUUAGCGUUGCGAUCUGCAUUAUAUGUAGCAGCACUACUUAUGAACAGCUGUCUACUCCCUCUUGUGGUAUACCACUUUAUUAAGUCAAUUCAUCUAGUUAUCACCCUGUGGAGUUCACAAGGAUGGACUCAUCCAUCAAAAUAAUCCCACCUUCAUUCUCACAUGUAUAUGGAAGCCAACCAAAACAUGCACUUCUGUACUGUAGCAUUUUUCUAAGCUAUCACUAAACCCAUAGGUUAUGUCAUUCAUCACAAACAAUUAUCUUCAAAAACCAAACCGUCAAUUAAAGUAGAGCACGUUACCUUCAGUGAUACCAUGAUCACCUGCAAGAGUGGUUUAGAAUUUUCUACUCUUGUUAAUAUUUUUAAUUAGGGGAUAUGCAACAAAAUUGUGGGGGGAAAGCUUAUAAAUCAAACCCAUGUAUCUCUACAUAUGUAGAAAGAGAAGUUUAUAGCUCUUAAAGCUGCUCUAACAGCUUCCACUGCUACUGGAACAGUGUUGAAACUUCUUAUAAUGAUGCAAUAAGAAUAAGUUUUAAUAUCUUGGAGAACACUUAAGAUCCUAUGUAAAUCUCAGCAAAGUUGACAGUGACUCCUGAUGCACCUCCUAAGAUGAUCAGAUUUUAUCCUAAACUCUCACAUAAUUUUAAUGCCACUCCUAAAACAGGCUUAACACAGGCCUGUCAUAUAUUAUAUGAUUAAUAUCAGAAAGAAAAAUGUUUAGACAUGUUGUUUCUCGCUAUGUGAUAGCAAUACUGUAUUUCUGUAGUCAUCUCUUUUCCUUCAAUUUUUUAGUAAAUUAAUAUUUACACAAAACUUUUAGUAAAGAACAUAUAUGUAAUCGAUGUCGCUUCUGUGCUUUUUAUUUCAUUGCUGUCACUAUGGUACUACCCACAGCCUUUAGUCUGCUGUUAAUCAGGCAACUAUGCAGCUGUUCGCUAAGCAACACAGCUGUUCGCUUCAGCCACUUAUAUUUGGAUUUUACAUCUGGAAUAAGUAGCCGUUGGAGCAGUCCGUGUGUGCCCAGCCAGGAUCAACCCAGCUCAGCAAGAGCAGGACAGGAAGAAUCUCAGACAUUUCAAGAAACAUCAGAAACCCUCACAGAUACAUUCAUAGGUACCCAUGAAAAUGACUAAGGUCAGGAGACUGGAAAAUGGCACCACACCACUAAGGAAAGAGAGGAAACACCAGGAAAUAACAGGCCAAUCUUCCCAGACAUAUUCCAACAGGUAACCUUUUAGCACAACAAAAUCAGUAACAGCAUAUUUCCUGAAUGGAACCCGCAGCAAAGUGAUCUA